AACCAAAUUUACGUUGGCAUUGCGUUGGCAACAGUUUUAUAGACAGGAAACGGGAUGGAAUAUGAAAUAUGACAAAUAAUGACAAUUGACAUUAAAGUUAGCGUCUUAAAAGUUUUAUGGAAGCUUUUUGGUUUUAAAAGUAUUUUCUGUGAGUUAUUAGGAUAACCAGAGAAAAUUAACAUUAAUAAUUAAAUUAACAGAAUUGUUUCACUCUUUUCGUGUUUAGAUUACUACAGUUACUAGAGAUGGAUAUUCGACCCAAUAACACAAUUUACAUCAAUAAUCUUAAUGAAAAAAUUAAAAAAGAGGAAUUGAAAAAGUCCUUGUACGCCAUAUUUUCACAAUUCGGUCAGAUAGUAGACAUUGUAGCAUUGAAAACUUUGAAGAUGAGGGGACAAGCUUUCGUGAUUUUUAAAGAAAUCCAAAGCUCAACGAACGCUCUUAGAUCGAUGCAAGGGUUUCCGUUUUACGAUAAACCAAUGCGAAUUCAAUACGCAAAAUCAGAUUCAGACUAUAUAGCAAAAAUGAAGGGUACAUUCCAAGAAAGGCCGAAGAAGAUCCGACCACCUCCUAACAAAGACGAAGAUGCACCCAGGAAGAAGAAGAAGAAUAAGGACCCUAAUAGAAUGCCUGGAGGUGCAAACGCUGAACAACCACCCAAUCAAAUUCUUUUCCUUACAAACCUGCCUGAUGAGACUAGUGAAAUGAUGCUUUCCAUGUUAUUUAACCAAUUCCCUGGAUUUAAAGAAGUACGUCUGGUACCGAAUCGUCAUGACAUUGCCUUUGUUGAAUUCGAAAAUGAACUGCAAUCAGCAGCUGCGAAAGAUGCUCUGCAAAGUUUCAAAAUAACACCUACCCAUGCAAUGAAAAUAUCGUUUGCUAAGAAAUAAGUUAUUUAUAAGUUUUAAUAAAAUCUAAGACACACUUUAACCAGUCUUUUCUUCUAAUAUAAUACUAUAAUUUUAUCUUAAAUCUAUUAAUUUUACAAUAAAACAUCUAAAAUAGGUUGAGUUUAUUAUUAAACUAGUUAACAAAUGUAUAAUUUAUUUACCUAAGGAAAUAAUUACAUAUAGAAUAUAUUUACAAAAAAUAUAAAUAAGAAAAAAAUUAUAUAAUUUAAUAAAAUUUUCACAGAGUAUUCCACCUUUUGCUUAGUUUUCUUACAACAGGAAUCUGUGAUAAUCUUGACAAUUUAGUAUUCUUCCUAACAAUAUAAAAUUAAUAUUUAGUCUAGAAUAUAUAGUUUAAAAUUCCAGAAUUGGUCAAUAUCCAAAUACAAUUAAUUUUUGGCCACACUACUUGUAUAAUAAAUAUACAGGGUGUUCCUUAAUGACAUAUCAAUAUUUAAAGGGGCGGUUCUUGGGCCUAUUUUAGGAAAAAAACUUAACUUAAUUUUUGAGAUAUAGGGUGGUAAAGUUUUCUAAAAAAAAACAUUGUUCAUCUCGCCCCCUUAAAUAUUAGCAUGUCAUUAAGGAACACCCUGUAUACAAUAAUAACAAUGGUCUACGAUUUUUUAAUUAUAACAUUUAUUAAGAGAAAGCUAUAUAUGAUAUGUAUGACCAAUUUUUUAUAAUUUAUGAUAUACAGUUUAGUCUAAAUUAACUUUAUUAAAAAAUAAACUGUCCUGCAGUUUUUCCCCAUAAGUUUUUCCUAAAUGAUGUUUGAGCAUACACGAUGUCGAAAGCAGGAAAAAUAUCGCGAGGAAACUAUAUAUAGCUUUGUUUCUGAUACCAUACAGGGUAAAAAAAAACAAUGGGAAUGUUACAUCCGCUAGAUUUAAAAAUUCGAGAAUAUCAAACAAGAACCAUUUUAGUUCUUAAUACAUAUUAUAUGAUAAAUAUCUAUUUCCUAUGGUUAAUAUUUUUAUAAGGUCAUUUAUAAGGUAUACGAAAACUGAAAAAAACUAACUGGUUAGCAAAAAUUGACAGCUUCGAAUUAUCUGAAAAUUACAUUAGCUAUUUGUUCUGCCCAUAUCACAAAUUAUUCUCAUAAAAAUAGAUAGCAUAGAAGCUCAGAUGCUGUUACACAACCCAGGGUAUAUUAAUAUUUACAACCAUAUGCCAUAUAGCAAUAAUUAGUAUAACAUCAAGUCAUUAACUGAAAAACGAAUUUCAGAGUAUUUUUAUAUGACGUUAUAAAUCUCUUGAAUCUCUUAUUUGUCUAUAUAAAUAUAAAUAGUAGGUACUUAUAUUAUAUACAUACAUACACUUGAAAUAGGGUGUCUAUGAUAUACCACGCGAUAAAAAAAAACGGCGUCAGAGUUGGCUUGAAAAUUAAGAUCGCUGUCAUCUUAUAUGUAAAUUCUUAGCUAACUAGACGCCGUUUUUUUUAAUCAUAGGGCAUUUUAGGAAUGUUUUAUUCAGUCUUUUUUUUCAGUUGCUUAAUUUUUAAAAACUCUGCAUAAAAAAGAAAUAAAAAGGGCUGUUUUUUUAUUUAUUUAUUUGAAAUUAUGUAUCUCAUUUUUAUAUUUUAUGAAAUAAAAUAAAUAUCAUUUCCAAUAUGUAGACACCCAUAUUUCAUUUCUUAACUAUUAUUAGUUAUUAACAUAAUCUAAAGCAGAUUUAAAUUUAGACUAAGAGAUCUCAAAUAAUAUUUUCAAAAUCGUUUUAAUAAAAUAGUGUUUUCUAUUGGAAUAAAUAAUACAUCUCUAAGUCAUAAAGCACCGCCGUAUGAUCUAAAAAAAAUACGUCAAGUUGGCUUAUUGGAAGGAAUAAUAGCAUACCCAUAUAAUUUUACAAAUUAUUAAAUA